AUGAAAAAUGCUCGGCUUAAAAAUAAUACUACUCACGAUUUAGUAUCUGUUACAAUCAUGGAUAAUGAGAGAGAUUCUGGAAAUUCUUACUUAUUAAGUGAAAUACAUACUAGAAGAAGACAAAACUCUUUUACUGAUGACUAUAGUGUUCAAAAAACAAAUGAUGAUGCUACUGAGUGCAAAUAUGUUGCAGUAAAAAAAAAAUACUGGGAUGAUCCAUAUAUUAGUAAAUUUGUAUCUCAUCAAGUUGAUAGUAAUCUUAUAAGAAGAGAUCCCGAAAUUUUAAGAGGAUAUUGGGCUCGAGUAACUGGUAUAAGAUCAUUAAUUUGUAAUUUUAUCAAGAAGGCUGGACCAACAUGUCAAAUUAUUAAUUUGGGUGCCGGAUUUGAUACAAAUUAUUGGUGGUUAAAAAAAUUUACAGAAUUAAAAUUUGCUAGUUUUGUGGAAUUUGACUUUAGUAGUGUUACAUCAAAGAAAAUUAGAUUUAUUAGAAAACCAGGAAAUAAUACUCUCACGGAAUUGUUUAGUGAAAAGAUUACUGAAUGUCAACAUAAUGAUUUAUAUGCCGGAGAUUAUAAAUUAUGUGGAGCAGACCUUCGUCAACAUGAUGAAUUUAUGGGCAAGUUAGAAAAAGCCAAAUUAAAUAAAGAUGCUCCUACUCUUAUUAUUGCUGAAUGUGUCCUGGUUUAUAUGAAACCAGAAAAGAGUGAAGAAUUAAUAAGGUCUCUUUCAGAAUAUUUCAAGGUUAUAUCAUUUAUAAACUAUGAACAAGUUUGCUUAAAUGAUAAUUUUGGUCAAGUUAUGAUCCAUAAUCUUAAUCAACGUGGAAUAACUUUAGAUGGACUUUCAUCCUGUAAUAGUAUUCAAGACCAAGUAGAUAGAUUUAAGAAAAAUGGUUUCAAUGAAGUUUCUAUUUGGAAAAUGAAUGAAGUUUAUAGUAAAUAUUUGCCUGAACAAGAAAGAAAGGCAAUUGAAAGCCUGGAGAUGCUUGAUGAAAAUGAGUUACUUGUACAGUUACUUGAACAUUAUUGCAUUGUUUAUUCUUCAAAAUGUGACUCACAAUUUGAAGGCAAUUUUAAAAGCCUUAGUGAAAUAACAAUUUCAUAA